CUUCGCGAAAAAGAGAAGAAGAAAGUUCUCUCUUCUAUCUCUGCGGCUCUACACCUCUACCCAAUUCUGCAACCCUAGCUAGGCUUACGAGGAGGUACCUCGUCUUUUCAUUCAACCCAAGGUUCGUUUAACCAAAUUAUGAUCUUUACGAAAUUCGUGAAUAAAUGGAUCAAAAGAAGACUUUCGUCUGUGACGGGAGGAACUCCCUUGUUCUACAGAGUGAGUCGUCCACAUCGAAGAAAAAAGACCAUGUCGUAGAAGAUGGUGACUAUUGCAUUACUGGAAGUGAGGAUGAAAAUACCAACUGGCAACUUGGUAGCAGCUCUAGUGAAGCCGAUGCCGAAGCCAUUAUAAACAAUAGCAAANAGAAGAAAAAUAAUAGCGAAGGAACAUCCCAGGAGGAAGAUGACUUAGACAAAGUUCUGGCCGAGCACGGCAAUGCUCCCAUUGUUCCAAAAUAUAAUGCUUCUCCAAAAGAAGAAAAGGUUCAAGCUCAACCUGAACAGAUAGGCUCGGUUGAUGCUACUGGAGGGGAGAAGGAAGCGGAGGCAGAAACAGGGAAGUCUGCGGCAGCAAAGAAGAACAAAAAGAAGAAGGAGAAGGAAAAGGAGAAGAAGGCAGCUGCUGCGGCUGCAGCGGCUGCAGCGGGAGUUCAGGAUGCAACACAGGAGGAAACAAAGAGUAAAAAACGUGAUGACAAGCGCCCAAUUCAUGUUAUAAAAAUGCAGGAGGCUUUGCAAAGGCGUAAAGAACUUGAAGAGAGAAUGAGGAGGGAAGAGGAAGAGAAAGAAAGGAGGGAGGAAGAAGAGCACCUCAGGCAAGAGGAACUCGAGAAACAAGCAGAAGAAGCCAAGCGAAGGAAAAAGGAAAAAGAAAAAGAGAGGAUGCUGAUGAGGAAGCAGGAAGGGAAGCCUAUAACAAGGAAGCAGAAAAAUGAAGCUUGUCGGCUUGAACUACUUAGGAAUCAGUUUCUUACGCAGAAGUCUAAGUCAGCUCCUGCUAAAGAAAAUGGCGGGGCUUCUGCAACAAACAGUGCGGACGACCUGCAGCUGAAGGAAAUGAAUGCAGCUAAAAACACGAAUACUAGAGAGGUAGACUCAAUAUUAUCUAAUUCUAUUGAGGAAGUGGAAGUUAAGCAUGAGAAUGAAGGUAAAUCAGUUGAGGAGGAAGAAAUUGAGGACAAAGAAUGGCACACAAAGAGCUGGGGUGAUAGUGAUGUCCAAAUCCUGGUCAAGAGCGCCUUUGCCAGUGAAGAGGUUGAGCCAAGUGUGGUGAAGAAAGAAGCCAAGUGUGCAACAUCACCGGAUUCUGGUACCGCGGUGAAGCCAUAUACUGCUUCUGGUGGAGGUGUUCCUCAAUAUUUAGAAUGUGAAGACGUUAAGAGUGAUGUUGCGGCUAAGAAUAGAAGAAAGGAUGCUGCAGCUAAACGAGAAGCACAGACUAUGGAGGUACCUCCGAAAAGGGGAGAAGAUAAACUGCGUUCUCCAAUAUGUUGUAUUAUGGGACAUGUUGAUACUGGUAAAACGAAGCUACUAGAUUGCAUCCGCGGAACUAAUGUCCAGGAAGGCGAGGCUGGAGGAAUUACACAGCAAAUUGGGGCAACCUAUUUUCCUGCCGUGAACAUAAGAGAGAGAACCCGGGAGUUAAAAGCAGAUGCAAAGUUACGGGUCCCUGGUCUUUUGGUUAUUGAUACUCCAGGACACGAGUCGUUUACUAACUUGCGUUCACGUGGGUCUGGGUUAUGUGAUAUUGCAAUUUUGGUUGUUGACAUUAUGCAUGGAUUGGAACGACAGACUAUUGAAUCCCUGAAUCUUCUGAAAAUGCGGAACACAGAGUUCAUAGUUGCGCUGAACAAGGUCGAUAGAUUAUCUGGUUGGAAAACGUGCAAGAAUAAACCUAUUUUCAAAGCCAUGAAGCAGCAAUCUAAGGAUGUCCAGAUGGAAUUCAAUUGGAGGCUCACUCAGAUCAUUACUCAGUUGAAAGAACAGGGUCUCAAUACUGAGUUGUAUUACAAAAAUAAAGAAAUGGGGGAAACCUACAAUAUUGUUCCAACAAGUGCAAUCAGUGGUGAAGGCAUCCCAGAUUUGCUGCUAUUAUUGGUUAAGUGGACUGAGAAAACUCUGGUGGAGAAGCUUAUGUUUACCAAUGAAGUUCAGUGCACGGUGUUGGAGGUUAAGGCUAUUGAAGGUCAGGGGACAACUAUUGACGUGGUAUUAGUAAAUGGAGUGCUUCAUGAGGGGGAUCAGAUUGUGGUUUGUGGUACACAGGGGCCAAUUGUUACCACUAUUCGUGCUCUACUGACACCGCAUCCAAUGAAGGAGCUACGGAUAAAGGGCUCUUAUCUGCAUCACAAAGAACUCAAAGCAGCCCAGGGUGUGAAAAUCAAUGCUCAGGGCCUUGAUCAUGCUGUUGCAGGCACUGGUCUGUAUGUGGUGGGUCCUGAUGACGAUGUUGAAGACAUCAAGGAAGCAACAAUGCAAGACAUGAAGUCCGUCAUGAGCAGGAUUGACAAGAGUGGUACAGGUGUAUGUGUUCAAGCAUCAACACUUGGGUCACUGGAGGCAUUGCUGGAGUUUUUGAAGAGCCCUGUAGUCAAUAUCCCUGUCAGUGGUAUAAACAUAGGUCCUGUACACAAGAGUGAUGUCAGGAGGGCAUGUGCCAUGCUUGAAAGGAACAGGGAAUAUGCCACCAUUCUGGCAUUUGAUGUCAAAGUGACGCCCGUGGCUCGUGAGCUUGCUAAGGAGAGUGGUGUAAAAAUAUUCACUGCUGAUAUAAUAUAUCAUCUUUUUGAUCAGUUCCAGAAAUAUAUGGACAACUUUAAGGAGGAAAAGAAGAGAGAAGCUUCGGUGGAAGCUGUCUUUCCAUGCCGUCUCAAGAUUAUGCCGGAUUGUGUAUUUAAUAAGAAGGACCCAAUUGUAUUGGGGGUCAACGUUCUUGAAGGCACCCUUAAGACGGGCACUCCAAUUUGCAUUCUAUCUGAUUCUGGUGAAAGUGAAUUUAUCGAUAUCGGUCAGAUUACAUCAAUCCAAAUCAAUCACAAAGAAGUUGGGACUGCCAAGAAAGGACAGAAGGUUGCCAUAAAGAUACUGAGUAAAAAAAUCUUUGGCAAGCACUUUACAGUGGCCAAUGAACUAGUUAGCCACAUCACCAGAGAGUCGGUUGGAAUACUGAAAGCUUAUUUUCAGGACGAUAUGGGUAAUGAAGAUUGGAAGUUGCUGGAGGAACUGCAGAGGGACUUCAAGAUUGAUCAAAUCUAUUUUUAGUUUGUUUGGAAAUUCAUCGGUCUUCCUUACUAGAGAAAUUAAAUAAUUUGGACCAUUUCUAGAGAACUGCAAAUAAUUGAUUGCGAGAGUUUUCUGUUGGAGUUAAAUUGGUGGUCGAAGUUUUCAUAAUACUCCCGUAUGUUUUCUUUUAUUAAGUAAAAUUUAUCCUUUACUCUUCAGUUUGCACGGGUUGUUUAUUUCUAGUGGUGGCGGUGAGAGAAAUGGUGGUAACUAGAAUUUUUUUAUUUUUAUUUUUUUGAAGCAGUUAACUAGAAAAUUUGUGAAAUUGUCAAUUGAAAACUUUCUUCAGGCA